GAUCUUUGUUGUGAUAGGUUCCUGGAGGCGGAUUGUUGGGCUUGCUAAUCGGAUUGCAGUUAUUAUUCUCCAGAGACUCGACACCAUCGGAUUCGAAUAUCACAUUUCAAACUGGAAUCUGGUGCAGUGUGCAAAUAUUUCCGCAGUUACUCAUCUCAGAUGCUGCGUCAAGUGUGAACAAAGGGCGAAGUGACGUCGGUCGUAUGUCCGCGGAGAUAACAUUGUGUGUUUGUCAGUAAUUGUCGGUCAAUCAUUCGGGCUCCGUCCAUUUGCCAUCCGAACUUGGAAAUUUAAUUACGAUACUCAAUCAAAUUAGCAGCCAGUAUUGCUUUGCGCGAGGGUCGCGAUAGUUGCCGUGUGGUCUCGAAUCUCCAGAGAAACACGCUCAGAACGUCCAGUGGCAGCUCACGUCAGCCGAGUGUUGUCUUGUGUACUCAGUGAAGAUUAGUGUGCAGCAGCGAAAUGAAUCGUCGGCAAGUUGCUUUGAUCGGCCUGCAGUUCCUGCUAUUCUCAGUGUAUGUUUACACACAAGAUGUCGAUUUGGAACAAAUUAAAUCACAAAUACCACAGCUACCUGGUAAUAUAAGCAUUCCAGAGGAGUUUGCCAAUUUCACAGUCGAUGAUUUCAAGAGCGUGAUAAAAAGUAAAUGCUCCAAACAAAGCGGAGAUGAAGCUUAUGAAAACUUAGAGAAAGAGCUACCAAAUGUUAUGACAUGUGUUUCUGAAAUAAUAAACACAACUGCAAUGCAAGAAGAGAUUAAAGAGGCGAGUCCAAAGGGUGAACUGGACGUGGUGUUCAAUAAAUAUUGCCGAAAACGCCCGUUGUUAAUUCAAUGCAUUGAAAACUUAAGAGGAAAGAUUGAACCAUGUCUCGAUGAGGAGGAGGUCGUCUACUCCAAUAUCACAAUGCGAAUCGUUUCGAGUUUGCUGAAUUUCAUUUGCCACAAAGAUGGGGAUCAAAUCGCUUUAUUCAUUGCCGAGAAGGGACCUGAAUGCUUUGAACAAAGCAAAGAAGAUAUCACCAAAUGUGUUAACUCAACGUUCUCAAAAUACGUGCCUAAAGAUGGGUUCAAUGACAUUUCGCAGCUCCCCCGAUUGGUUGUUGGAGUUGAGCAAUGCCGUGAUUUGAACGAAUUCCAAGAUUGUGUCGUCCGAACAUUGGAAAAAUGCGAGGAAAUCACUCCAGCCAACAUUGUAGAGUCAAUGUUCCGAUUCAUACGUAAUGAAACAACUUGCGCUGACUCGAAAACGAGCCCUUUGAAGUCGAGUUCUUCGACUCUGCAGCCAGCCAUCCUCGGCUUCCUUGGUAUCACGGCAUUAGUGCGACUAGUGUACACGUUUUGAAACAAUCGAAUGAAUCUAUUUACAUUGAGAAUCAGCCAUUAGUUAGUAAGCGGUUAAAGUCUUUGUUCGUAUACUUCUGUCUCCCCCAUAAUCAUUAACAUUAGUUUUGCUGUGCAUUUUUCUACUACAUAUUUCAAAUGUGUAAAUAUGUGACGACAGUAGGGACUAUUGCCGAUACACGAUGCAUUAUCAUAGUUCUCGCCAUUAGGAAUGUAUGAGAGGUACUCGUGAGAAAAUGAUAUACAGUAAUAGAACUUUUGAUAUAAUGCAAAAAUCAAUAGAUAUUCUAGCAAUUAGUGUAUAUUCACGUUAGGAAUAAGGGCACAAUGUUAUAAAAUGAAUUUAUAUCUGAAAGAAAGGAAACUAAAAGACUUGUCUAUAUUCAUACGCUAUCAAUUGGUUCCUUUAUGGUAAAGUGCUGAUGUAUGAAUUGUUUAUAUAUUGUACUUGUUUAUCUAUUUUUAGAAAUGGAGCAUUUGCACAGUUAAUAAAAUCGUUGUAUGAA